AUGAAGAUCACUCUAUUCGCUGUCACUCUUCUUGCUUCGCUGGUAUCCGCCAGAGAAUUCGUUUUGUUUGAUGAUGCCAACUACAAUGGUGCUUCUCAUAGGGAGAUACGCAAUACCGAUGGCGCCUGCUGGAAUCUCAACGGCAAAGGCGAUCGAGCAAGUUCCGUCGGAGGUGAUGGAGGAUGUACUACUUUCUUCCGGUGA